UGUUUAUUGGUUAAGAUGAAAUCGCUGCCAUAAAAAUAGUCGUUAUGGCAAAAGAGUGGGGCUGGCAAAAAUUUUUCCGAUCAGCUUUGGCUAGGAUAGCUAAUCCAUCUAAAAAUAAAACAGUGUAUUUUCGAGACCCACCGUAAUAAAGUAGGUCUUAUUCAGUAGCAAUGAAUAAAAAUAAAUGAUGUUUUUGCAAAAACACUUUACCGAGUUUCUUUUAUUAUCCCUAUUUACUGUGACAACUGUUCAAUGUAGUAAAUUACAAGAAGAACAAGUCUCAAGAUGGGCUAAAAAAAUUGGAGACGAACUGUGGAAGUUGGGGGAAGUUACGACAAAAUUUAAAGAGAUACAAGGAAAUUAUGUUUAUCUUAAUGCGCAAGUUGAAACAAAAGAUUUAGAAAAUUUAAUAUCUGAAGUCGGGAAAGAUAUCGAACGGAUGAUGGAUAGGAAAAGUGAUGCUAUUAAGUGUAUCAUCGAAGAAGCCGAAAGCUUAUCCCAAUACUGGGUUUAUAACAACUCGGAAUACAAAUAUUAUAGCUCAAAAUAUUCAAAUGUUGUGAACGAGUCAAAAAUUGACUUGGCAGAAUUAUCGCCAGCUCUCAAAAACAAUGAAAACAUGUACCUCGAAAUGGUUCUCAACGAUGAUACCCAUUUUUACAAUUUACCAGUUGACACAAGUCGCAGUUCCGUGCAUGUGCCAACAAAUAUUUUUGAUAGACACGAAGAAGCUGCAUAUGCAAUCCAGUGGUCGGAAAAAUUAGACGAAAUAUUUGUACGAAACUAUAACUCGGAUCCGGCUCUGUCUUGGCAAUAUUUCGGAAGCACUUCCGGAAUAAUGAGACAUUAUCCAGCCAAAAAAUGGCCAGACAUAAAAAAGGACGAAUUUGAUUGUCGCGUGAGGACUUGGUACAUCGAAGCUGCGACUUGUACUAAAGAUGUGAUAAUAUUGUUGGAUAACUCUGGAUCCAUGGAUGGGAUGGGGAGACACAUCGCAGCUUUAACCGUGAAUACAAUCCUUGACACAUUUUCUAAUAACGACUACAUCAACAUCCUUUAUUACAGCAACGAGACAACAAAUUACACAAUCCCUUGUUUUAAAAACUUAUUAGUUCAAGCGACCCCCGAAAAUAUAAUUCUUUUCAAAGACGCCAUCCAAGAAUUUUCGCCUUCGGGUAAAACCGACUUUCCUCAAGCCCUCCAAAUGGCGUUUGAUAUUUUGGAAAACUACCGAGAAAUUCGCAAGUGUAACAAUGAAGAAGUUGAUGAAGAAGGCAGAAGCAAAGCUUGCAAUCAAGCCAUUAUGCUGAUAACAGAUGGAAUUUCGCGAAAUUUCAGCGAUAUUGUAAUACGAAACAAUCAACUUGAUGGGGGCAAAACAAUACCAGUGCGAAUUUUCACGUAUCUAAUCGGCAAAGAAGCCACAAAUGUCGAGGAGAUCCGAUGGAUGGCUUGCGCAAACCGAGGGUUUCACACACAAGUACAGACUUUAGAACAGGUGACUUCAGCCGUUUUGCAAUAUAUUAAUGUUAUUGCAAGGCCUCUAGUACUCCAAGCUGAGGAUCACCCCAUUUCGUGGACUCACGCUUACAUUGACAUGACGUAUGACGACAAAAAAGACGAUCAAAUUAACGAACCUUACCGGUUAUUGACCUCAGCUGCGGUCCCAGCGUUUGAUAAAAAAGUCAAUCAAAAUAAUGAAACUAGAGUUGCAAAUUUGUUGGGGGUUGCUGGUACAGAUGUGCCAAUCGCUGAUAUCGAAAAACUGACUUUGCCAUAUAAAUUAGGGGUCAAUGCUUAUGCCUUUAUUGUCAGCAAUAAUGGUUACAUUUUAAUGCAUCAAGAUUUUCGCCCCAUGUUUGAAAAGCAUUUGCGCAAAAAUUAUAACAGUAUUGACCUAGUCGAAGUCGAAGAAUUUGAUACUGAACUAGAACCUCGAAACUUUCACUCUGAUUUAAUAAUCUUGAGAAAUACUAUAGUGAAUGGGUCACAAGGGAGUAUCCACGGCAUUCCUGUCAAAUAUCACUAUGAUAACAUGAGGAGAGUCACAAGAGAUAAAUAUGAUUACUAUUACGUUCCCUUGAACCAAACACCCUUUUCCCUGGCUUUUGCAGUGCCCGAUGGUUACGGACAUUUUUCCCUUCAUGUCGAAGACGAAAUUAAAAACGACAGACACAAACCCGGUGUCAAAAUAACCGACUAUUUCAACGGAUCCAACUGGAAAAUUCAUCCGAAAUGGGUUUACUGCAAGUAUCAUUAUUUGGAAGGCCACGAAUACGAAACUCCAGAGAAAGAAAUAUUGCACUUUUUGGGGAAAGUGUACGAAAAUGACUUCAAAUGGAGGAGACAGUACGAAGUGGGAGCUGGAGAAGAGCUCACAAAAGUGGAGUGUGGACGCCGGUCGCACAGCAACGACGACUACUACUGCGACAAAGACUUGGUCCAAAGGCUGGUUUUCGACGCAAAGAAUACGUUUGGGGCGUUCCAGGGCACCUCUUGGAAGCAUGACACUGACCAGUUGUUUCGCCGCUUUAACGCCACUCUUCGGUUUGUGGCUACAAUGAGUGGUUUGACCCGCUGGGAGUAUAUUUCUGAAGAGGUUGAGAAUAACACGGAGAGGGAGUUUGGGGACUUGCACUCGGAGGCUAUUGACGAAACGUGGUAUAAAAGUGCGGUAAUACAACAUCGGUACGACCCGGAGUCUUUUGUCUAUUCCGUACCUUUUAAUUCCGGGCUUCAAGAAGAUUUGUUAGUCACUGGGAGUUAUGCGGUUUUUCCCACGGAUGCAGGAAAAAUGGCCCCCGGGUGUGUUGUGGGGUUCCAAUUUGCGCAUAAGAAUUUCAUGGAAAUUGUACAUAAUAUCACUGCGAAUGUUUCAAUUGAAUGUACGGAUUGUGGAAGGUGCAGUAUUGAUUUAAAUUGUUAUCUAAUAGACAGUGAUGGUUAUAUUAUUGUUUCGGAAAAUGUCAGAAACACGGGAAAAUUUUUUGGGGAGAUUGAAGGUGACAUCAUGGGGUCCAUGUUGGAUAAAAAGAUUUUUGAAAAAGUGAAAAUUUACGACUACCAGGCUGUUUGUAACACCAGAGAUGAUGAAACAAGUGAUGCCACUAUAUUGCUAACUCCACUCAACUAUGUCCGUUUUUUGGUCAAUUGGUUCGUGAUGAAAAUAUCAUGGUUGGCUUUAGAAAUCAAUAUUUGUAAUCUAUGGGCACCCUUUUAUACCUAUGCUCAGGACGAAAUUGAGAAUAAAAAAGACAAAGGCGAUGAUGAAGAAGACGAACAAGAAGAAGAAGAUACCUACUAUGACUGUGAACAAGAACGUGAUUUAUUUUUUUUGUUGCAUAACAACAAAAGUUACGAUUUGCCGGGAGAAAUAUCUGGACACGGUUUUAGAAGUUAUUACAUCAAGAAAGUACCUUAUAGUAAUUUAAUUUUCGUGGCAAUUAAUGAGACGAUGGAACGAACCAAUAAACAAGUUUAUUCGACUUCGCCUCGCAAAAUAGUUUACAAUGAUAGUUCGGAUUAUCCUUGUCAAAAACUAGACCUUAACAACCUUCCUCGCAGAAGAUUAGCCGGAUGCUAUAAUGAACAUCCACUGGAAAGUGAGAUCAAAGUUUGUGGGAAAACAUCCAGAAUGGCGCAUCAUUUCUUAGUGAUAACAGUGAUGUGUUUAUUUUUAAUUCAAAAUACAUAGUCUGUGUACAUAAUAAAUGUCUAUUUUCUGGA